UAGAUUUAACUUCUUGUAAAGAUUUGAAACAUAUUUUUGAAGCUCAAUAUUAACUAUUAAUAACUCCGGGAAGGACGGGACAGGGGUGCUCAGGUGUUUCCUACCUGCUCCUUCCAGCCCUUGAGAAAUAAUCAGGCAGAGAAAAGUCGAUUUACCUGUAGCCCGGGUUCUGGCAUCCCUCACUCGCGCUCUGUCUUCUGUUACCUGCACCGACUUGAAAGUCCAGUUUCACAAGGAAGAACCGCGGAGGAAGAGAAAUAUGUCACAGGAGACAGACAGUAAGAGGCUGGUUGUAGUGGUGCCCAAUGAGCCAUCUUUCCACCAGCGGCGGGCCUACACGAGCGAGGAUGAGGCCUGGAGGUCUUACCUGGAGAAUCCUCUUACUGCGGCCACAAAGGCUAUGAUGAGCAUCAAUGGAGAUGAAGACAGUGCUGCCGCCCUGGGGCUUCUUUAUGAGUACUACAAGGUGCCUAAAGAUAAGAGAGUGCCUAUCAGCAAAGUGGUUGAAAUUUCAGAGGAACCGGAAAAGAGAAACACACCAGUGGGAAACAGCAGCCAAAUGGAGCCGGAGACAGUGGAUAAUCAUGUCCAAGUCCUGAAAUCAGUGCCUGUUAAUCUGUCACUCAACACGGAUCACCAGGACAAUAAACGGGAACAGUACAGUGGAGAGAGCGGGACAGCUGCUGUGGUAAAAGCUGAAGCGCACACUGCAGUGUUCAUGACUUCAGGGGGACACUACAGAACAGAAGGAGAGGAACAGAUGCGGGUCAUCUGUGAACAGACUCACUCAUUCGACACCUCCACCAUAAACCACAGUGGAUAUGGGAAGGAUGACCAUCGCAGUAGUCCAGAAAGCACCUAUGAAGAAGACAGCAAUGAAAAGUACCGCUCGUCUUCAAUUGGAGCUGAUGACUUCAUUUUUGACCAGUCACAUAUGUUAGACACAUUUCAGUACACACUUGAGGCCAGCAAGUCAUUGCGGCAGAAGCAGGGCGAGGGGCCUAUGACUUAUCUGAACAAGGGCCAAUUCUAUGCUAUUACACUAAGUGAGACAAGUGCCAAUAAACGACUUCGACAUCCCAUCAGCAAAGUGAGGAGUGUCGUCAUGGUUGUAUUCAGUGAAGAUAAGAAUCGGGAUGAGCAACUUAAAUACUGGAAGUAUUGGCACUCCCGCCAGCACACGGCGAAACAGAGGGUUCUGGACAUUGCUGACUACAAGGAGAGCUUUAAUACAAUUGGAAAUAUUGAAGAAAUCGCAUACAACGCUGUGUCCUUCACCUGGGAUCUGAAUGAGGAGGCCAAGAUCUUCAUCACGGUGAACUGUCUGAGCACAGAUUUCUCCUCUCAGAAGGGGGUGAAAGGUCUUCCUCUGAUGAUACAGAUUGACACCUACAGCUACAACAACCGCAGUAACAAACCCCUACACCGAGCCUACUGCCAGAUCAAGGUCUUCUGUGACAAGGGAGCGGAGAGGAAGAUCAGAGACGAGGAGAGGAAACAAAACCGCAAGAAGACAAAAGGAAAGGAUGGAGGCAGCGGGGCCGUUACUGUCCCGAAAAAAUGUGACAGCACCCUCUUCAAAACGAUGACUGAUUUGGAUGCCCAGCCGGUUCUCUUUAUCCCGGAUGUGCACUUUGGGAACCUACAGAGGGCAGGCCAGGUAUUUGCAUUUAACACAGAGGAAAUUGAAUGUGAGGGGAGUGUGCUGGUGAAGAGGAUGUUCCGGUCAUCUGAGGAAGACUUCUGCCCACCGCCACAUAAACAGCUCAGAGAAGACACACAGAAGAGAGUGCUGUUGUAUGUGAGGAAGGAGUCAGACGAGGUGUUUGAUGCUCUGAUGCUGCGGUCGCCCACUCUCAGAGGACUCAUGGAUGCAAUUUCUGAGAAGUAUGGUGUUCCCAUUGACAGAAUGGCUAAGAUUUACAAAAAGAGCAAGAAAGGGAUUCUGGUGAACAUGGACGACAACAUCAUCGAGCACUACUCAAACGAGGACACGUUUAUCCUGAAUAUCGAGAGCUACGCAGAUGCAUACAAAAUCACUUUAACGGAAAUAUGAACACGGUUACAAAAUCUUUCUGUCGUUCAGUCUGCUUAAGCUAAAAGACUCUAAUCUGGUCAGAUUCAAUAUCAACUGUCCACCGAUUGAAUUGACAUCAGCAAAAAAACAGACUUACCUCAUUUUUAAGAGACCUCAAGUAUGAUUCGAAACAGUCACUACUAGAAGAUUCCCUGCAUCCCAAAAGUGCCCACGGUUUUACUCUUCUACUGUUUCAAGAGUAGAAGAUGCUGGAUUCCUUAUUGUUGACCAUUUGUAGGAAUUAAUGUAUAGAUAUACUUACAUUUCAUUGGUUUUGGAGAUCAUAUUCUUGCUUGAAUUUCAUCGGGAUAUUCCAAAAGAUUUCAUUUAAGUGAAAAGAAAUACGAGGCAUCUUCAUUAUAUUGAAAAUAUUGAACAGUAGCAAGUGUCCAUUUAAAUGAUAAUGCACUGUAUUAUAAUAAUAUGGUGUAUUGAUAAUAAUAAUAUAGUGUAAAUUAUAAUACACUUUUAUGCAGCCAAAAAUAGGAUUUGGGGAGUGUGUUGAUCUGUGAAAGUGUCCGAUACUGUAAAUGUCGUUUUUUUACUUGUUUAUUACAUUGUUGUUAAUAUUAUUGUUGUUUUUUUUAGCUUGGUAUGAUCCUGUUUAGAUUCUGACUGACAUAUUUUAUGGUCUGCAAGUUGUUUUUAUGAGACUGUGCCAUUUCAAUUUUUAGGAUGUAGUGCAAAACAGGAAAAAUAUAUUAAUAAUGGCAUGUUAUGAACAGUACAGCACUGCAUUAUCAGAAUUUAUUAUUUUUUAUUUCAAAGAACGUUGUGAUUAAUGUGGCUCAGAUCCAUUUCAACUAGGUUGCGUGUGCUCGCAGUUUUAAUGUGAAAUUUGUGGUUCCAGUGGUUUCAAAUGCAAGAGAUUUCAUGACUUUAUUGAGGUUUCUAUACAUAUCUUUUUAUGUAACCACUAACCAGCCAAAGUUUUCCAGAAAGAGGAGUCUCUCAUAUUGCUUUUGCCAUUAUUUUUUUAAAUAACCAUGCAGUCUUACGGUCUAAUUCAUUUCUAGUGCUUGUGUAUAGUGUGACAUGUUAGCUACGGUAUAGUCCAAAUUAUAUGUUUCAAUUAAUAAUAAUGUUAUUGUCAUGUAAAAGGGCACUUUGGAAAAUAAUAAUUUGUAUGUAAAUAAAUGCUUUUUUUAUUA